AUGGAUGGAGGUGUCUCGAUGGAGGAACUUCGGGUUGAAGAUUACCGGCUUGAUGGUCGACCCCCCUCUUAUCCGUCAGAACCAGCAUUUUGUGGCGUUUCCUUAGCCCCAGAGAAACAUGGCCUUUUUGAUAUCCAAGUAUCCCAUGACAUCAAAGAGUCCCAUUUUCCACCCCCGCACUCGAACGACCUCUGGUACGAUGAUGGGAGCGUUGUUUUGAAAGCCGGAGAUAAGCUCUUCCGGGUGCAUCGAUCUUUUCUCAGUCAGAAAUCUUCUGUUUUUGCAGCCGUACUUCCGAAAAGUCAGGCAGAAAGCACGGAAACCCAUGAUGGAUGCCCACUUUUCGCACUGGACGACGAUGCUGAAGAGUUUCGGCAGCUCCUCCUCACAAUAUAUGAGAUAUCGUACUUCGAGGACAACGUGCGGUAUUUAACUUAUUUACGUGCCCUCAUCCGUCUGGGCACGAAGUAUCAAAUGAAAACUUUGCGUGACUUGGCGCUUGAGCGACUGAAACGAGGCGUUCCCUCGACACUCGCAUCUUUCGAUGUCCCUGAACAUCAGAAGGACCGCGCAAACGCGCAACAAGACGUUCUUGCGAUCAUCAACCUCGCUCGGGAGAUCAACUGCUUGGAACUGCUUCCUUGCGCCUAUUAUUACUGUUCCCGCUUGUCGACCAGUACAAUCUUCAAGGGUAGUGAUGGAGUUGUCCUAGCCUCACCAGACAUAACCGCUUGCAUCCUCGGAAAAGACCAGCUUCUGGAUAUGCAACGCCGAACGACUCACUCUUUUUUAUACACGCUGCCGAAACUUAAUAAAUCAUGUGGCCAGGGGUGUGGAGAAAAUGAUAGGUGCUUAUUGCAAUAUUUGCAGCACCAGGACUUCACGACACCGUCCACCUUCGAGCUAUUCACAGAUUGGGAGAAGAUCGGAGUGUGUAAAGACUGUGCUCCCUCACACCAAAGCAGACAUAUGAAGGGUCGACAAGAUGCAUGGGAGCAGCUUCCCAAGAUUUUCGGAUUGGAAAGUUGGAAGAAGAUUGUCGUAUAA